CUUUAUUCUAAAUGAAAGGGUGGAGUCUUUUGUUUGGUUAUUUCAGACUUUUCUGAAAUCUAUGGGUGGUAAACACCCCAUCAGUUUCAUGACAGACCAGUCAUUUUCCAUGGCAACGGCUAUCAAAUCUGUAUUUCCUGGGGCGAGACAUAGACUCUGCACUUGGCAUAUAGAUGAGAAUUCAAAGAAACACAUCAUGCAUCUACGCAAGAAGAUAAAUUUUGUUUCUCUUUUUGAUUAUGUUGUCAAACGAUGUGAUACUGUUGCAGAGUUUGAUUUCUAUUGGAAUGAAUUGAAUACAGUUUAUGAAUGCAGUGACAACACAUGGUUGAAGAGGCUGUACAGUCAUAAAGAAAAGUGGUGUCCUGUUUUUUCGAAGGAUUACUUCUCUGGUGGUGUUUUAUCCUCUCAAAGAAGUGAAUCUACAAAUAGAUCUAUAUCUAGAAGACUUACCAAGACUGCAACAUUAUGUGAUUUUUACAAAAUGUUUUGUGAUGUUGUUGAUGAAUGGAGGUUAGAUGAGAAUGGUCAUGAUUUUAGAUGUUCUGAAGGCACCGUUGAGAUGGUAUUGCUACAAGACACUUUGUUGACUCAUGCGAGAGAUGUGUAUACCCUUGAGAUUUUCAAAGUGUUCCAAGAACAAUAUUUGAAGGGUAUGUCACAUUUUUUUUAAAUUAAUCUCACAGAAUUGUCAUGAGUAUGUGUAUCAUGUUUGGUUGAAUGGGGUAGAUAUGAUUAGACACAGUGUUACUUUUAAUCGGCAUGACAACACAGUGACAUGCACUUGUAAGAUGUUUUCUGAAGUUGGCAUUUUUUGUAGACACAUUUUGCGUAUAUAUAAUGUGCAUUGUGUCAAAUGUAUUCCCCAAGUUUAUAUACUCUCUAGAUGGACAAAGGCUGCCAUUCUGCCAAAUGUUAAUCUUUCUGUUACGCAUGGAACCGAUAUUAUGUCUGGCAAAAUAUUGGAAGAUUCUGUUUGGAGAGUGCAAAUGACUAGGAAAUUCAACUCAGUAUUGAGUGCAAGUGCUGGUUUUCCUGAAGCUAGACGAGUAUGUGAUCAAGGAUACGACUCUAUUAAACAUUUUUUAGAUGCACAAAGAGAUGCUUCUGUUGUGGAUGAAUCUGCUUCUAGGACAAUAUUGGAUCCUCCACGGUCUCGUUCUAAAGGUCAGCGAAAUACCCGAAAGAGAAGUAUUGUUGAGAAACAGUGCAAAAUAGUCAAAGCUCGCCGUUCGAAAUCCCAAAAUGUUGCCUCCAAUUCAAAAGCAGUUGCUCAAUCUGUUGUACAGGACACUGUUAAUUUCAUGGUUCCACAAGGUUAUGUACUUGCUCAUCCAAUUGGAGGAAUGACGUCUUUAAUGCAUGUGUCUGGAUCUCCACAAGUUUUUGCUCCAUACUUCAUGCAAUCCAAUGCUUUGAACCAAAUGCAGAAUUAGUUAUAGUCACACAUGUUUGGAAAACCAAAUGCUUUGAGGAGUUUACAUAUCAUAUUGUGAA